CAAAACGCCAAACAGUGGAAUUUCGUCCCCUUUUUCUACUCGUCUUAUCUACACAAAACUGGACACGCGUCACCCAUGCUCUUCACUCACAAAACGCCGUCGUUCCUCCCUGAUUUUCGUUUUUCCUCAUUUCUCUAUUCAAACCUUAAACUUCACUUCACAGCUCCUAGUUCCGACGGAAACGAUAAUGGUGGUUUUUGGCGGGAAAAAGGUUCACCAAAUUGUCACCGGAUUCGGCGGCAGCGGCCUUGGCCAGAUAGUCGCCGCCGUCGCUGUAUCCUUCCUUGUUCGAAUCUUCUCCGCUCCCGGUCCCGCUCUCUUGCCGGAGAACGACGAUGACGACGAUGUUCCGAGUAACGAUUCCCCCGACGGUGAACCUCCAACUCCCUCCGGAAAGGUUACGCCGGUUACAAUUCGCUGGAACAGUAUUAAUUGUUCGCUAUCCGAUAAAUCCUCCAAGUCCGUGAGGUUUCUGCUUAAAAAUGUGAGUGGAGAAGCAAAACCAGGAAAAUUAUUAGCCAUAAUGGGGCCUUCAGGUUCAGGGAAGACAACAUUGCUCAAUGUUCUUGCCGGUCAGUUGGCAGCGUCGCCUCGGCUUCAUCUGAGUGGCCUUUUGGAGUUCAAUGGAAAACCUAGUUCUAGGAAUAGUUACAAGUUUGCAUACGUGAGACAGGAGGAUCUAUUCUUUUCACAGCUUACUGUGAGGGAAACAUUGUCUCUUGCUAUUGAGCUACAGCUUCCCAAUAUAUCUUCUGUUGAAGAGAGGGAUGAAUAUGUCAACAAUCUCCUAUUCAAGCUAGGCUUGGUCAGUUGUGCUGAUACCAAUGUUGGUGAUGCCAAAGUUCGUGGAAUAAGUGGUGGUGAAAAGAAACGUUUAUCCUUGGCAUGUGAACUGCUUGCAAGCCCAUCUGUUAUUUUUGCUGAUGAACCCACAACAGGACUUGAUGCCUUCCAGGCUGAGAAAGUUAUGGAAACUCUCCGACAACUUGCACUCGAUGGUCAUACUGUAAUAUGCUCUAUACAUCAGCCAAGAGGUUCCGUGUAUAGCAAAUUCGAUGACAUUGUUUUGCUAACUGAGGGUUCACUUGUUUAUGCCGGUCCUGCUCGCGAUGAACCGUUGGCGUACUUCUCAAAAUUUGGGUACCACUGCCCGGAUCAUGUAAAUCCUGCAGAAUUUUUGGCCGAUCUUAUAUCCAUAGACUACAGUUCUUCUGACAGUGUCCAUUCUUCUAAAAAAAGGAUCAAUGGGCUUGUUGAGUCUCUCUCACAAAAACUACCCACAAUAAUAUAUGCAACUCCAAUUACUUUAGACGACCUCUCAAAAAGUAGAAAAAGAAUUAGCAAGAGGACUAUAGCAAAAAGGAAAGGGGGGUGGUGGAAGCAAUUCUGGUUGCUUCUUAGACGGGCAUGGAUGCAGGCUUCCCGCGAUGCACCUACCAACAAAGUUCGGGCGAGGAUGUCAAUUGCAUCAGCAGUUAUCUUUGGUUCAGUUUUUUGGCGAAUGGGAAAAUCUCAGACUUCAAUACAAGACAGAAUGGGAUUGCUUCAGGUUGCUGCAAUAAACACCGCUAUGGCUGCUCUCACAAAGACUGGAGGUGUGUUUCCAAAGGAACGGGCAAUUGUUGAUAGAGAACGUGCUAAAGGCUCCUAUUCCUUAGGCCCCUAUCUGUUUUCGAAACUCUUGGCUGAGAUUCCAAUUGGAGCAGCAUUUCCAUUAAUGUUCGGUGCUGUUUUGUACCCAAUGGCACGUCUCCAUCCUACUUUGAUGAGAUUUGGGAAAUUCUGUGGAAUCGUUACUGCGGAGUCUUUUGCUGCAUCUGCGAUGGGUCUUACUGUUGGUGCUAUGGUUCCAACUACUGAAGCAGCAAUGGCAGUAGGCCCCUCUCUUAUGACAGUUUUUAUAGUAUUUGGUGGCUACUAUGUUAACCCGGAAAAUACCCCGAUUAUCUUCCGCUGGAUUCCUAGUGUUUCUCUGAUAAGAUGGGCCUUUCAAGGACUUUGCAUCAAUGAAUUUCGUGGUCUUCAAUUUGAUCACCAGCAUUCAUUUGAUAUUCAAACUGGAGAACAGGCACUGGAGCGUCUUUCAUUUGGAAAAACUACAAUUAGGGAUACGCUGGCAGCACAAAAUAGAAUAUUGUUAUUUUGGUAUUGCACCACCUACCUUCUCCUUGAGAAAAACAAGCCCAAAUACCAGCAACUUGAAACAGCCCCUUCUGACCAUGACAAGCCGCAUUUAAAACUCGAGGAGUUCAAUUCUGAACAGUCUGAUCUGACAUAUGAAGCACCAGACGUCAGCCAAGUUGGUUCCGACGAGCCCCUCGAGUCACCUGAAGUAGACCCUGUUGGCUCUUUUAUCUUAGAAGGUGCUCAGUAGAGUGAUAUCUCUGCAAUGGAUGACCUUCAGUUACUGGGAUGCCGUUUCCUAUAGAACAAGACCACAAUCACUGAUAUCCACGAUGUCAUUAUUGGACAUCCAAAACACCAGCUUAGGUUAACAGAUUCUUACUCCUACCCAGCUGUAAUAAUAAACAGUGACAGUGGAUAAUUUUUAGCAGUUUCAUCUUUGGUUCAAUUAAUUAAAGUGACUAUUUUUCAUCAAGUGAUUAGAGCAUGUUGAAAUUGUCUAUGCAAUGAAAUUUUCCUGAUUAUGAAUAGUACCAUGACCAAUGAUGUAUGAAAAUUGAGGCUACCAGAAGGUUUAUUUUGUAUGACCCUGGUUUAAUAUUGACCUAGUGGACACUAACGUUCUAGAUAUUGCUUUUUCUUGCCCAAUAUUGGAGCAUUUAAGUCAUCUGUUUGGGUUAGUAAUAGAGUUACAAGGUCACUCUUUUGAAUUUAUAAUUUAUUUCUUUUUUCAAUUUGUUUACUUUAAUCGACUAAUCGUUGCGAUAUGUUCUUCUAUUAGUAAUUUCUAAAAUACAUUUUUUUAAAUAAAAAAGCGACAUGUUAAAUAAAUUAAGCAAGGCUACUAAUCAUCAUUUGACGUAUUACCAUUGUUUUUAUAAUGCAUCGUACCGUUUGCGGAUUUGCUUCAUGAUACUAGUUGAUUAAAAAAAUAAAUUUGUCUUCCAUAGUUCCAUUAUACUACUAUGGUUGAAUUGGUAAAGUGAAUGAUGAUAACAGUGAUUAGAUAGGAAACAAAUCCAACGUGAUGCAAAUAGAAAGAUAAGAAGGUUCUUGCUUAGCGUAAGGACUAUUCAAAUUAACCAACACGCCACCUCCAAAUAUAUGGUGUGACGUAAUCGCCAAUCUCUCUUUCUUGGAAUUAAGCUCUAUUUUACGCCAAAACUUCCACUCCACCGUCUUCAAAAAGUUGCAAUAAUUGAACCCGCAACAACAAAACACGCACAAUAUGUCUUAUUUAGGUGGCAAAGUCUUGUAUAUUCCUUCCAAUCACAAAUUGCAACCCUUGAUCUUUUUCAACUCCAACAAAAUGCAAACAAAAUCUCUUGCCUUAUCAUCAACCCCUCCUAGAUACAAUUCAAUACGGCGAAGUACACCAUUCAUUUCACAUAAUAACAGGAGUUUCAUCUCAGCUUCAAAAAGAGACUCGUUUGGCCAACAUUAUGAUGGCAAGAUGGUGGACGAAAACAUGAUCAUUCUUAGAAUGCGAAUCCGCGAGAUUGAGAUGCUGGAAAACAAGUCCAAACCUCCUUCUCAUUGGACAGAAUGGGAGAAGAAGUAUGUUGAGAAUUAUGGUUCGGAUGUAUGUGAUGGAGUUGGAUUGUUGCAAAGGAUGUUGAUGAACACUAGACCUGGCUUGGUUGUGGGAGUAUUAGCUAUGAUCAUGCUAAGCUUGUCAAUGUCCAUGUCACUACUUGUGUUUCAACUGAUGGAGUUGGCUAAUGCCUCAAUGCUAGCUUUUUCAUCCGUCUAGAUUUGGAGUUGGCUAUCAUGUCGCAAUUGUUACAUGUUCUUAUUUUUAUUUCACCAAUUCCAUGUAAGAAUUACGGUAAAAAAAUCAUAUUUUCUUA